GGCAAGUAUUUGGACUAGUUUUACAUGUUGAAACCAAAGGGGAAGCUUAGCAAGGACAUUGUUUCUUGCUUUGAAAGAGGCAGGCUAAGAUAUAUGUGUAUCAUUUUGUUCACACACUGAACUCCCCUCCCUUUUUUUCCUGCUUCUCUCCUGCUUGGAGCUGACUCCUCCUUCCUGCAGCUCUGAGGAUCACAGGCUGAUUGAAGAACACAGCAGUUCAGAUGGAAUUCUGUGCACAAGCUCCCUCUGACUGGCUCACGCUCGCCCUCUCUCUCUCUCUUUCUUUCUCUCUACCUUCAAAGCUGAAACCUACCUGACAAUCUCCUGCCUUUGAAUCCAGCUCUGCAGCCAAAUGCAUCAUUUUACUGCUCUUGAAAGUGAACAGAGUUUGAUUAUCUCAAGCUACAAGCUGCUUUGCUCCAUAAGAAGAACCCCAAAGGAUCCAGACAUCAUUGGUUUUCAAUGUACCUGAAGAGUUGUUUUUUUGUUGGUUUUUUGUUUUUAUUUUUGUUUUUUUGUUUUUUUCUUUAUUCCCUGAAACUUGACGGUGGGAAGGAGUUUUUGCUUUGUUUUUAAUUGGAAUGUUGAAAAGUUGUUUGCUCGGGUUUUUUUUUUUUUUCUUUUUUAAUGCUUGAAAUGGAACCUAAUUUUUAAAUGUAGCUUGAGUCAGAUCUAAAGGAGACAUGUCUGACCAUUUCCUGCAGGACUGACCGGGAGAACAUCUAGAGGGGAACUUCGUAGGAGAAAUGAAAUCUGAUUUGCAGCAGCCAGUCUUUCUUUUGAGAAAACUAUCAGACUCAUUGAUAAGAGAAAUUAAAUAUUGACCAAGGACAAUGUCUUUAUUUCUCAGUAACUUAUCAACAAAUGACUCUAGCCUGUGGAAAGAGAAUCAUAAUUCUACGGACCUUUUAAAUCCGCCAGGAACUCUGAAUAUCUAUCUUUUUUGCUUGACAUGUCUCCUGACUUUUGCAGCCUUGGUGGGCAGCAUUUAUUCACUAAUUUCACUGCUGAAGAUGCAGAACAGAACUGUUGUGUCCAUGCUUGUGGCUUCCUGGUCUGUGGAUGAUCUCAUGAGUGUCCUGUCGGUGACCAUCUUCAUGUUUUUGCAGUGGCCAAACGAGGUCCCCGGUUACUUCCAAUUUCUAUGCACCACAUCUGCCUUAUUGUAUUUAUGCCAGGGCCUCUCUAGCAACUUGAAGGCGACUCUCCUAGUCUCUUACAACUUUUACACGAUGCACAGGGCUGUGGGGAGCCAGACAGCCUCCAGAAGAUCGGGCCAGGUGCUUGGCGUGGCGCUGACCGUGUGGACAGCCAGUCUGCUGCUCUCGGCGCUCCCGCUGUGUGGCUGGGGCGCCUUCGUGCGCACGCCCUGGGGAUGCCUGGUGGACUGCUCCAGUUCCUACGUGCUGCUCCUCUCCACCGUGUACGCUUUGGCCUUCGGACUCCUCGUGGGCCUCUCGGUCCCACUUACAUACCGAUUGCUGUGUUCUGAGGAGCCUCCGAGACUCCACGCCAACUACCAGGAAAUUUCCCGUGGAGCUUCAACUCCUGGGACCCCUCCUACUGCGGGGAGAGUGGUUUCCCUGUCCCCAGAGGAUGCUCCCGGCCCGAGUCUGCGGCGCUCUGGGGGAUGCUCCCCGAGCUCAGACACCGCGUUUGGACCGGGUGCGCCCGCUGCCGCUGGGGCUGGAGCCUGCAGGCGUGAGAACCGGGGGACUCUCUACGGCACCAGGAGCUUCACCGUGAGCGUAGCGCAGAAGCGCUUCGCUUUGAUCCUAGCACUUACAAAAGUCAUCCUCUGGCUGCCCAUGAUGAUGCACAUGGUGGUCCAGAACGUCGUGGGGUUUCAGAGCCUUCCCUUGGAAACAUUCAGCUUUCUACUUACCCUGCUGGCCACCACUGUAACCCCAGUGUUUGUCUUGUCCAAACGCUGGACCCACUUGCCCUGUGGCUGCAUCAUCAACUGCAGGCAGAACGCAUACGCAGUGGCAUCCGAUGGGAAAAAAAUCAAGAGAAAAGGCUUUGAAUUCAAUCUAUCAUUCAAAAAAAGUUAUGGAAUUUAUAAAAUAGCACAUGAAGAUUACUAUGAUGAUGAUGAAAAUUCCAUAUUCUAUCACAACCUGAUGAACUAUGAGUGUGAAACUACGAAAGACCCUCAGAGAGACAACCGUAACGUCUUCAAUGCUAUAAAAGUAGAAAUCAGCACCACGCCCUCUCUGGACAGCUCCACACAUGGCGGCGUCAACAAAUGCACAAAUACUGAUAUUACAGAAGCUAAACAGGAUUCCAACAACAAAAAGGGUGCGUUUUCUGACAAAACAGGAGCGGAUAUUCACUAUGAAGAAACUACCUUUUCUGAAGGGCCAGAAAGAAGACUGUCUCAUGAAGAGAGUCAGAAACCAGAUAUUUCAGACUGGGAGUGGUGUAGGAGUAAAUCAGAAAGAACCCCUCGUCAGCGUUCCGGUGGUGCCCUUGCCAUUCCCUUGUGUGCAUUCCAGGGGACUGUGUCUCUCCAUGCACCUACAGGGAAAACCCUAUCUCUUUCUACCUAUGAGGUAAGCGCAGAAGGACAAAAAAUAACUCCAGCCUCUAAGAAAAUAGAAGUCUAUCGAUCCAAAAGUGUUGGCCAUGAACCAAACUCAGAAGACUCUUCAUCCACGUUUGCAGACACCAGUGUGAAAAUACACUUGGAGGUUCUUGAAAUUUGCGAUAAUGAAGAGGCCUUGGACACUGUGUCAAUCAUUAGUAACAUCAGCCAGUCCUCCACACAAGUCAGAUCUCCAUCCCUACGUUACUCCAGGAAAGAAAACAGAUUUGUUUCCUGUGAUCUAGGGGAAACGGCCUCAUACUCCCUCUUUUUGCCCACCAGUAAUCCUGAUGGUGAUAUCAAUAUCUCCAUUCCAGACACCGUAGAAGCACACAGGCAGAAUAGUAAAAGGCAGCAUCAAGAGAGGGAUGGCUAUCAGGAGGAAAUCCAGUUGUUAAAUAAAGCUUACAGAAAAAGAGAGGAAGAAAGCAAGGGUAGUUAAUGGGUAUUUGGUCUAACAGCAGCAAGAAUGGAUCUGCAACGUCAGCUGUGAAACUAACACCUUUGUUAUGAGACUGAUUUCCUUUUAUUUGUUGGUUUACAUAAGUUUUACUGAUUUAAUAGUUAAUUUUUUGUGGGAACAACUAGAACUAGUGUAAACAAUUAAGUGCAUAUGAUGUGUUACCUAAAGAUCACACACUGUGGUAAUUAAAAGAUUUUGCUUCUUAUCUGAUUUCUAAAAAAUCUGUUCUAAAUCAAAUCUUGGCCUACUUUACUAGUGUUUUUGCUUAUGUUUGUCAACCUCCUAGUAAACAGAAAAUUGUAUAAACUCAGUUACUAUACUGUUCCAUGCAUAUGUUUCUACAUAUAAUGUUGGCCUUUACUGCAAAGGGGUAAAAAGAGAAAUUUUGGGAAUGGAAGAAAUGUAACAAAACUCCAAAUUGUAUUUGAAGGAACUUGCCUAAAUGUGGCUAGCAAAACAAGCUUAUUACACUUACUGCUUUAGCUUUACAUUCUUCUGUAAAAUGAAAAAUUAGCUUCCAACUGGGAAACAUGCAUGUUCCUAGUCUAUAAAUAGUUGUUUCCUUCAUUUCUACCAAAUACAAAUUGUUUACUGUUUUUUCUUUCUUUCUUACCUAUAACAGUGUUCCUUUCAUCUUCUCAGUAUGUCAAGACUGUCCCAUAAAACAAGUAUGUUGUAUGUUAGACGUGGAAUUAGAAGUAUCUUUAAUUCAAACAUUAUUGGAAAAAAGUUGUAAUCAUAUAAUUGUAUACUUUUUCCUAAAUUUUUUUUAACUUGAGUGGAAAUUGGGGGAAAAUACUGGCAGAUUCAGUUCUGAGAGGUGCAUUCAAACAUGGUAGGCUUCUGGAUACAGCAGUCCAAAAUCCUAUAAGUCUAAAACAGAAGUAUCUGUUUUUAAAGCUAUGGAUUGGACAAACUUUCUUAGUUAUUCUUGAAACAGAAAAGUUUACUUCAAAUAUUAUAUCAAGUUUAGGUGCUUCUUUGUUUCUUCUCUAAAGACGUGUUGUCUCAAAGAAACAAUUGAACCUAUUUUAUUAAGUGAUUGUAUGAUAUACAUUUCAAGACAAUUCUAGAAGGCAUUACAUUGCAAAAAUGCAGGAAGCACCUUGGCAGCAUAAUAGCAAUGUGUAUUUCAAAAAUUAUAAAGUGAUUUUUCUUCAAAUUGCUUUAUUCUAACCUUCCUGUAAACAUAUAUGAAAUAUAUUACCUAAAAGUUUAUUUUCCAAAGUUACUAAGUUGACACUUUACGUGGUCUUAGAUUUUGUGCCCCUCCCCUCAUUCAUAUACUUUAUUUAUUUACAGAUGAAUGAAUUGUAUUUUAGAAUGAUUUAUUUCUGUUUCUAUUUUAUUAGCUUGAAUGAGAAUUCAAAAUUGCUUGACAUGGGCUUUCAGAAUGUUUCAUCUUCAAAGGGUGUUUUGUUGCCACAAGGACAAGUCAUUUUCAAAAUAAUUAUCUCAAUGGACUUUCUCAAUCUUUAACUUCUCAUUAGCUAGUUGUCUAAAUUUGGGAAACAUAUGUAUUACCAUUAAUAAUGUUUGUAAAGCAAGCCUCAAAUAAUGUGUAACAUAUGAAUUCAAAGUCAAAUGUAUUCUCAUUACAAAUAUAUUUUAUUUUAAAAGACUGUAUCACCAAUAUUAACAGCUAUUUUCACACAGUGACACAUGAACAGAUCAAUCAGAUAUUAUAAAUCAGUAGCAUUAAAUGUCCUUAUAAAAGAAAAAUUGAAUUGAAUAUUCUAAUAAUGCUUUGUAAAAGAUAGGCUUUGAUAUCUUAAACUUAGAUGUAUAAUUUUCUGAAAGAGAAAGGUGAUAUUGCUGCUUUAAAAUGCAAUUUCAGGCAAAAAGUAAAUUAGACACAGGAUCAUAAUAAAGCUGAAAAACAGCAAAGAUUUGGAGGCAAACUCAUUCUUUAUAACUGCACAGCAAUUUGAAUGGGACAGAGAUUAUAACAGAAAUCAAGGUUUAAAGAGCAUUAAGAAAUAGAUAGAAGAUAGUAAUGCCCACUUUCCCUCUCAUUUUAUUUUAACUGAACAAAAGUUUAAACUAGGGGAAUUGGAAAAAUAAUUAAGAUAUUCCCAUUUAAUUGCAUUUGGUUGUUGAAUUAACUGUAUAAUGGAUGCACAUAAAAAUUCUGCUGCAUUGAAACAACACCAGGAUUAUUUAGCCCAAAGUCAUAGUUUGAAAGGCUAAUCAGCAUCAUAUUACUAACAUGUAACACUUCAAAUUCCAACCCAACAAUAGCUAAGUAUACAAGAAAAAUCUACUAGAGCUGUGCUUAAGCAUGAAUGGCGCUCCAAAUCCUUGUUAAGGGAGGAGAAGAUUAAACUACACAAGUUCACUUAAGUCUACUUACUCUGUAGAGUGAUUGAUUAUAAAAGUGUUUCUAGUAGAGGAAAUAAAUACCUUUAUAGAUACCUUGUGAUAUAGCCAAAUACCUUACCCUUGUAUAGUUAUAUUGUUCUUCUUAUUAAUAAAUAUCUAUUUUGUAUAGUUAUCUCUUUUCUCUAUAAAUUGAUGUAUCUGAAGGCAAAAACUUCUUGUUACCUAAUAAAAAUAUCACCAUCUGGUGGUGACUCCUAUAAACUGCAAAUACGUAAUCCCCAAGACUCCCUAAUAGUAUAAACACCUAAUACAUAAUCCCUAAGACUUCUGAGAGUUGUGACUGACAGAGGCAACUCUUUGAAGAUAGCAAAUGCCACCAUAUUACUUAAAAUAUAAUAAAAAAGUCUUAGUUAUGCA